GCCGAAAUGGCAGUCAAAUUCAAUCACCGUCAUCACCACCAUCAUCAUCAUACACAUUAAGGUACUUGUUCUCAUCAUCUUAACAUUUGAAUAUUCACUUAUUUAGUAAAUAAACCAAUCAAAUUUACAUGGUGUAAUAUUAUUGGAUCGAAUUUUUUUUUUGGUAAACUUUCAGGUCGCUGAUAUAUAUAUAAGUAGAUAGAUAUUGUGGUAUACAAUUCGAUUACAAUUUAUCAUUAUUACUAUUAUUAUGAGCUUAAUAAACGCAUACAUAAUCUACCUUAUAUGUUUUAUUUUAUUAUUAAUUCAAAAGAAUAAUACAUCUGAAUAUGAUUCUAAUAAAGAGUAUAUUGAUGAAGAAGCAUUGAAUCGAUUCAUAAGCGAUACUGAUGAUGACAAUGAUCAUCAUGUUCAUCAUAAUCAUCAUCAUCAUCAACAAGAUCGUCAUCAUCGACGAGAUAUUCAUAAAAAUGUCGGACGAAAAACUCAAUUGAAAUUGUUUCCAUGGCGUAUACAUUUUAAUCGACCAAAUACUCAAGAAAUGUAUGUAUUCAAUACAGACCGUUAUAGUAAUUGGUCAGAUUGGAAAGAAUGUUUACCAAUGGAAUGUAUUGAAAUACGUUAUCGUAAAUGUUUAGAUAAUUCAUGGAAAACAAUAUCACCAAAUCUUAUUCAUACAACUAGAUGUAUAUCAAAAUAUUAUACAGAGAAACGUACAUGUUUAAAUAAGACUCAAUGUAAUGAACAUACUGGUGAACAAAUUAUCAAAAAUCUAACUAAUACAUGUGGAAUACGUAAACAAGAUAAUAAAAUAAUAGAAAAAAUUCUUGGCGGUAAAUCAGCUGAACCACAUUCAUGGCCAUGGGCUGUUCGUUUAUCUGUGAAAUUACCUCAUCGAAGACCAGUUACAUUCUGUGGUGGGACAUUAAUUGCACCACAAUGGAUAUUAACUGCAGCUCAUUGUGUUCUAGUGGAAAAUAAACAUAUUCCAGUUGGAAAACCAGUUAUGUUAGCUGAUCAUAUGAAAAGUACAAUCUAUGCACAUUUAGGUGAUCAUGAUCGAUAUAAACAAGAAGCUGCACAAGUUGAUCAUCGUGUUACUGUUGCUAUACUUCAUCCAAAUUAUCAUAGAAAAUUACAAACUGAUGGAUAUGAUAUUGCAUUGUUACGACUCUCAGAACCAGUUAAAACAACACCAGAAAUUGAUUUUGCAUGUUUACCAACAAAAGAUUUAAAAUUAACACCAAAUUCCAAAUGUUAUGCUGUUGGUUGGGGUAGUAAUAAAGGUGCAAAAAUACCAACAUUUGAUAAUAUACAUAGUAUAUUAGAAUCAUUAUUUUUACCAUUUCCAUCAUUAUUUACAACACCAUUUAGAUUUGGUAGAAGUGAAUCAACAAUAUGGAAUAUUAAAAAAUUAGAAGAAGAAGAAUCAUCAAGAGAAUUACAUGAAGUUGAAUUACCAAUUGUUUCUAUAGAAGAUUGUCGUAAACAUUAUGCUGAUAUUAGUUCUAAAGUUCAUGUAUGUGCUGGUGCUAGAAAUAAAGAUACAUGUGCAGGUGAUAGUGGUGGUGGUCUUUAUUGUUAUUUAGAAGAGACUAAUCGUUGGCAUGUUGUUGGUGUAACAAGUUUUGGUUUAGCACGUGGUUGUGGUUUAAAUCCUGGUGUUUAUACAUCAACAACAUCACAUAUGGAUUGGUUAUCAAAACAAUUAGCAACAAAGAUAUUUUAAAUAAAAUCAAAAAAAAAGAAAGAAAAAAAGAGGAGAAAAAAGAAAAAAAUCAAUAAGAAAAAAAACAUACUAUUGACAAUAAUAAUAAUAAUGAUAAUCUCUAUCAGUUACUUUAUUAAGAUUUCUUCUAACGAAAAAUCGAUAUGAAUAUGAUCAAUUGAAUAUUGAAUAUAUUUUUUAUUGAUUUUAUUAAUUAUGUAAAUUUAUUAGAUAAAUUAGUAAUUAAAAUAUACCCCCC